GGCCUCCUUCCUUCCCCAGUGGCGGCUAUCAGGCCAGCUGUCUUCUUUCCAUGGAUUGCAUGGCCGUUGGCUGCAAAAAAGCCCCCGCAUGGUGGGGAAUCUUCUGUGCCCGAUGUCGGAUGGUUCCAUUCUGCUCCUGCCCACCCCUACCCCCUCUGCCAGAAGGGAGGGUGCCUUGGCCGAUCUUCUCUCUGUCGGUCGGUGAAGCUUGCACCCUGCAGGAUGAGCAGUUCCUUGGCUUUGGAUCCGAUGAUGAUGAGGCCAAAGGCCGGAGUCCUGCCAAGUCUCCCACAGGCAAGACUAGCACGCGCAAACCUCGUGGGAGACCUCGAAACAGCUCAGACCGAAGUUCAGUUGCACUUUCAGAAUCCUUGCCACUGGAUUCCUCUUCCAGCAAACCAGAAGCUUCAUCCAUGGAAAAAGUAAAGAAGAAAGACCUGAAAAGUGGAGAGAAGCGGCGGGGGAGGCCCCCUGCACUGAGCACUGUGAAGUUCAAGGUCAGCCACAAAGAGGGCCUUCAAGAUGUGCAGAAAUCAGGCAAGGAGGAAAAGGAGAAUAUCAAGAAAAUUCGGCGGGCUCCAUCCGCCGCAUUUCAGCAUGCUGCCAAAAUCAAACUGAGAGCAGGCAAACUCUCCCCGCUGAAGUCUCAGUUCAAGGCAGGAAAGCUCCAAAUUGGGAGGAAGGGAGUCCAGAUGGUGCGCAGGAGAGGAAGGCCUCCCUCCUCUGACCGAGCCUUGAAGGCAGCCCCCAACAUCAUGGCGAGUUCUCAGCUGGACAAAGCCCAGAGGGUUCGGAAGGAGAAGGAGGGGGCAGUCGCCCUUCCCAAGGAGGAAAAGCCCCUGGUCGUCCGGCAGAGCCCCCGCAGGCCGGUGAGGAUCCUCCCCUCCUCCAAGAGGACGGAUGCCACCAUUGCACGGCAGCUGCUGCAGCGGGCGAAGAAAGGGGCCCAGAAGAAGAUGGAGCAAGAGGCGGCCAAGCUCCAGGGGCAGAAAGGCCGGACUCAGCUGAAGAACAUCCGGCAGUUCAUCAUGCCUGUGGUGAGUGCCAUCUCCUCGCGGAUCAUCAAGACCCCCAAGCGCUUCAUUGAAGACGAGGAUUACGACCCACCCAUCAAAGUGGCCCGCCUGGAGUCCACCCCCGUCAGCGCCAGCUCCUGCGAGUCCAGCGAGAAGUCCAGCGGGGCCUCCCAGCACUCCUCCCAGGCAUCUUCUGACUCCUCGCGCUCCAGCAGCCCAAGCGUCGACACCUCCACGGAUUCCCAGGCCCUGUCAGAGGAGUGCGCCGGUGUCCCAGAGGUCCGCCCUGCGCGGCCCGUUUCCCCGCCCCCGGAGAGCGAGGGCGCCGAGAGGAACAGGAGGAGGAGGACGGAGAGAGGUUUUGUGCCGAAAGCUGCCAAGAAGCUGCCCGGCCUCCAGAGUCGCGCUCCAGCAGCCCAAGCGUCGACACCUCCACGGAUUCCCAGGCCCUGUCAGAGGAGUGCGCCGGUGUCCCAGAGGUCCGCCCUGCGCGGCCCGUUUCCCCGCCCCCGGAGAGCGAGGGCGCCGAGAGGAACAGGAGGAGGAGGACGGAGAGAGGUUUUGUGCCGAAAGCUGCCAAGAAGCUGCCCGGCCUCCAGAGCGCGCCGCAGCCGCAGCCCCCCUUUCCUGCCCUCCUCGGCCGCCCCCGCCCUGGAGAAGCGCAAGUCCAUCCUGCGGGAGCCCACCUUCCGCUGGACCUCCCUCAAGCACUCGCGGUCCGAGCCCCAGUACUUCUCCUCCGCCAAAUACGCCAAAGAGGGCCUGAUCCGCAAGCCCGUCUUUGACAACUUCCGCCCUCCGCCUCUGACCCCGGAGGAUGUCGGCUUUGCCUCCCGCUUCUCUGCCCCCGGAUCCUCCGCUGUGCCCGCCCGCCUCUUCUCCCCGCUCCCCUCCGGGACAAGGUUUGACUUGCACAAGAGGAGCCCCCUCCUUCGAGCCGCCAGGUUCACCCCCAGCGAGGCCCACUCCCGCAUCUUCGAAUCGGUCACACUGCCUUCCUCCGUGGGCCGCAGCGCGUCCGGCAGCACGGUGGUGGCCGCCUCCUCGCGGAAGCGGCGAAGGAGAGUCUUCAGCCCCAUUCGGUCCGAACCCCGGUCUCCUUCGCACUCGAUGCGGACGAGGAGCGGGAGGCUCAGCGCCGCCUCUGAUUUGUCCACGCUGACGCCGCUGUCUCCGGUCUCUUCCUCGCCCACGAGUGUCUCUGCGGGUUCUCGUGCCGCCAGUGCCUUAAACGCCACCUUCCCCUUCCCGACCCGUUCCUUGUCCCCGCCGGGGGAAGCCUCGGAGAAGAGCCAGAGGCUGAGGAAGCCAGCAAGCGCGCCGGCCGAGCCUUUCACCUCCGGGGACCCCGCUCCCCUCUUCCCCUGGUUCACCCCAAGCCCCCAGGCCGAGAGAGGCAAGAACAGAGACAGAGCGGCGGAGGAGCCCUCCAAGGAGAAGGAGGGCGAGAAAGGUCCGGAGCGAGAGAAAGGCCGGGAGAGGGACCGAGAGCGGGAGAAAGAAAACAAGCAUGAGUCCAGGAAGGAGAAGCGGAAGAAGGCGGCGCCGGAGGUCCAGGGGGGCCCAGCGUUGUUCCCCUUGGCUCGGGUCGCUAAAGGAAAGUCCGUUGCCCACGAGGAGGUCGCCGUGUCCUCCUCUUCGGCUAAAAAACCAACAGGUCGGAAAAAGUCCCUGGCGGCCCUUCCCACGGCAGACACGCCGGCGGCGGUUCUGGGAGCUUCAGCACCAGCCAUCCUUAAGAACAAGCUGCCUAAGAAGGGCCGAGGGGCCCUCGAGAAGUCUGGCCUGGAACUCGGGCUGGCUGCUCCGGCUGUGGAAAAGGAAGAUGCCUUGCGUUUCCCGGCCGCCUCUGUUGGCAUCGUGAAGCAUUCCUCCAUCAGCUCAGUGCUGGCUCAUGCAGACAAACUUCCAAUGGCGGACAAGCGGGUGGCAAGUCUCCUGAAGAAAGCCAAGGCCCAGCUCUACAAAAUUGAGAAGAGCAAGUCCCUCAAGCAGGUGGACCAGCCCAAAGGACAGUGUCAGGAGAGCGAUUCCUCAGAGACGUCAGUGCGAGGGCCGCGCAUAAAGCACGUCUGCAGAAGGGCCGCCGUCGCCCUGGGCCGCAAGAGAGCCGUCUUCCCAGACGACCUGCCCACCCUGAGCGCCCUGCCCUGGGAAGAGCGGGAGAAGAUUCUGUCUUCCAUGGGGAAUGAUGACAAGUCCUCCGUUGCCGGGUCCGAGGAUGCCGAGCCCCUGGCACCUCCCACCAAGCCCGUGAAGCCGGUGACCAGGAACAAGGCCCCCCAGGAGCCCCCAGUGAAGAAGGGCCGGCGAUCGAGGCGCUGUGGGCAAUGCCCGGGCUGCCAGGUCCCCGAGGACUGCGGCGUCUGCACAAACUGUCUGGACAAGCCAAAGUUUGGUGGGCGGAACAUCAAAAAGCAGUGCUGCAAGUCCGUUCUUUUAAGGCAGAAGUACGGUGGCGGACUGGCCUGGCCACUGUGGAUGCCAUCCAAAGCCUAUCUCCAGAAGCAAGCCAAAGCCGUCAAGAAGAAGGAGAAGAAAACCAAGUUGGUGGAGAAGAAAGAGAGCCAGGCUGGGAAGAGCCCGGCAGAGCCUGCCCAGAAGGCCCCCACCCCUCAGCUCCUUCUGGUGAAAGAGAAUCACGCCCCCAAAAGGGGCCCGGAAGCGGCCCGGAAGCCUAGCGAGGAGAAGGCGACCGAGGAGGGGGCCCCACCACUGCCCCCACUGCUGCCUCUCCCGGAGCCCAAGCAGGCCCCUCCCCCCACCGUUCGGAAAACCAGCAAGCAGCCCCCACCCCCCGCACAGGCGGGUUCGGGGCCCCUGCUGAGCUCAGGCCCACCAAAAAAGGACACUUCCAGAGUCGUCCCUGCGGAGCCCAAGAAAAAGGUGCCCCUGCCACUGGAAGCAGCUCUUGAGCAAAGCAAGCCGAAGAAAAUCGCUCCUCGUCCAAGUCCGCCCGUAAAGCAGAAGCCGAAAGAGAAGCAGAGAGCCUGGGGUGUGGAAAGGGACCCAUCUGGUGCUCUGCCUCUCCAGGAGAAGCCCCCUCCCACCAGCAAGCCGGAGAGCAUCUCGCUCAACUCGCUGAGCACUUCGUCCAGCAGCGGCGGCGGCGGCGGCAGCUCCUCUAGGCAGAAGCCCUUGACGGACGGCGUGCACAGGAUCCGAGUAGACUUCAAGGAGGACCGCGAGAUCGAGCACGUCUGGGAGGUGGGUGGCCUGGGCAUCCUGACCUCCAUCCCGAUCACGCCCAGGGUGGUCUGCUUCCUCUGCGCCAGCAGUGGGCACGUGGAGUUUGUGUACUGCCAGGUGUGCUGUGAGCCUUUCCACCGAUUCUGUCUGGAGGACGGUGAGCGCCCCCUGGAGGACCAGCUGGAGAACUGGUGCUGCCGCCGCUGCAAGUUCUGCCACGUGUGUGGGAGGAGACGUCUGGUCAAUGAGGGGACGGAACGGGGGGCAUGGGCGGCUUCUGGGGGAGCCUUGAGAGAGAAGGGGUUGGGCGGAAGUCCACAAGCGGGGAGGGACCCUCCGCCAUGCCUUUCUGCCUUUCAGAUCUGCACAAAGUGUGUUCGCUGCAAGAGUUGUGGGGCAACGACCCCAGGCAAAGGGUGGGACGCCCAGUGGUCUCACGACUUCUCUCUCUGCCACGACUGUGCCAAGCUCUUCGCUAAAGGGAACUUCUGCCCCUUGUGCGACAAGUGCUAUGACGACGACGACUACGAGAGCAAGAUGAUGCAGUGCGGGAAGUGUGACCACUGGGUGCACUCGAAGUGUGAAAACCUCUCUGACGAGAUGUACGAGAUCCUUUCCAACCUGCCUGAAAGCGUGGCUUACACCUGCAUAAACUGCACAGAGCAGCAUCCGGCCGAGUGGCGGCUGGCGUUGGAGAAGGAGCUGCAGCUUUCAUUGAAGCAAGUUCUAGCUGCCCUGCUUAACUCGAGGACCACCAGCCACUUGCUGCGCUUCCGACAGGCAGCCAAGCCACCCGACUUAAACCCAGAGACGGAGGAGAGUCUCCCGUCCCGAAGUUCUCCAGAAGGCCCUGACCCGCCGGUGCUCACCGAAGUCAGCAAGCAGGAGGAGCCGCGGCCGCUGGACCUGGAGAGCGUGAAGAGGAAAAUGGACCAAGGAGGCUACGCCUCUGUGUUGGAGUUCAGCGACGACGUUGUCAAGAUUGUUCAGGCAGCCAUUAAUGCCGAUGGGGGGCAGCCGGAACUGAAGAAGGCCAACAGCAUGGUGAAGUCCUUUUUCAUCCGGCAAAUGGAGCGGGUUUUUCCAUGGUUCAGUGUCAAGAAAUCAAGAUUCUGGGAACCAAACAAAGUCACCACCAACAGCGGGAUGCUACCCAAUGCGGUCCUGCCUCCCUCCCUGGACCACAACUACGCCCAGUGGCAGGAGCGGGAAGAAGACACUGGUGCUCAGCAGCCACCCUUGAUGAAGAAGAUUAUCCCAGCUCCCAAACCCAAAGGCCCCGGAGAGCCAGACCUUCCUGUUCCCCUGCAUCCUCCUACGCCGCCCGUCUCCAGUUCUGACAGAAGCCAGGAGGACAGUCCAGAACUUGGGCCCCCUCCAGAUGUGGAAGACAACAGGCAGUGUGCGCUUUGUUUGAAGUACGGUGAUGAUGAAGGGAACGAUGCGGGUCGUCUCCUGUAUAUUGGGCAAAACGAGUGGACUCAUGUGAACUGUGCCCUGUGGUCAGCUGAAGUGUUUGAAGACGACGACGGCUCAUUGAAGAACGUCCAUGUGGCUGUGAUCCGAGGGAAGCAGCUGAGGUGCGAGCUUUGCCAGAGGCCGGGGGCCACGGUGGGCUGCUGCCUGGCCUCCUGCACCAGCAACUACCACUUCAUGUGCUCACGGGCGAAGAGCUGUGUCUUCCUGGAGGACAAGAAAGUCUAUUGCCAGCGCCAUCGGGAUGUCGUCAGAGGAGAGGUGGUGCCUGAGAAUGGCUUUGAAGUCCUGAGGAGGGUCUUUGUGGACUUUGAAGGGAUCAGCUUGCGACGGAAGUUCCUGAACGGUCUGGAGCCAGAGAACAUCCACAUGAUGAUCGGUUCGAUGACCAUUGACUGCCUGGGGAUCCUGAAUGAUCUCUCGGACUGUGAGGACAAGCUCUUCCCCAUCGGCUACCAGUGCUCCCGAGUGUACUGGAGCACCAUGGAUGCCCGGAAGCGCUGCGUGUACACGUGCAAAAUCAUGGAAUGCCGCCCCCCCGCCUUGGAGCCCGACAUCAACAGCACCGUCGAGCACGGCAACAACCGGACGAUCGCUCACAGCCCAGGACCGCUUUCGGCAGACGUUCCCGCCAGGGAGGGCCAGGCGGGAGCUGCACUGGUGAGCCCUCCGCCUUCAGACCUCCUGCCGCAUCCUCAGAACUGCAAGGCCUUGCGGAUCCGGACACUGAGUUUUUCCCCGGCCCAGCGCUCCCCGGGCUCACGGCCGUUGCCCUCGGCAGGGAGCCCUACUCCGAUGACGCACGAGAUAGUGACUGUGGGGGACCCGCUGCUUUCAUCCGGCCUCCGGAGCAUCGGCUCUCGGAGACCCAGUGCCUCCCCUCUCUCCCCUCAGCAGCCGAGGUCGUGGAUGCUGCCGGCCGGCCGAGCAGGAGCUGCUCUCUCUAGGCACGGCACCCCCAGCACGGUUCCUGCCCUCGAGCAGGGCUCUCCAAGCGCAAAGCUCACGCCGGAGCAUUCUGGGGGCGACCCAGCAGCACCCCGUCUCUCCGUCCCAGGGAGCUCUGCUCUCCCUCCCAGUUACCCGAGGCCAGCAGCCGCCAGUGGGAGCAAAGGGGCUUUUCCCCCCUCGGAGGGGGGCCCACCACCGGAAGCAGCGCCUCUCUCUGCCAAAGUGGAGAAGGGCAAACUGGUGAGCCCCAGGGACUCAAGUACCACCCCUGGGAGUUUGCACUCGGGGUCCCCUGGCGUGAGACCUGCUAGCCCAGAACCCAAGGGCAGCAAAACAGGGAAGCUUUCCGAGGCCCUUCCUGGCUUGUUUCCUUCCCAAGAGCCGGCUGUUUUUCUGCCUUUGAAUCAGAGACCCCCAAAGAAGGAGCUGCAGGACCAGCCAGUGGAUCCCAUGCUCCAGCCGGAGAAGACCUGCUCUCACAAGGGGGAUCCUGAAGCGAAGAUCUCUAAGCUUCCUGGGGCCACUCAGAGGCCUCCUUCCGUGAGUGACCCCUUCGCGUCCUGUGUAGGCAGAGAGAGACGGCAGAAGGCCAAGAAGGGAGCCAAGGAGAGACACACCGGGAGGCCUUGUCCGGCAUCCAGCCUUCUCCCAGCCAGCCACAAAGAAAGUGUGGAGUCAGAGUUGGCUUAUUGUGCGAUGGCCCCCGAACUGAUUUCUCCAAGGCUCAGUAACAGCGCAAGUGGGGCUGCUGCCGAGAAGGCAGUCGAGAGCAACCCGAUGAGCCAGAGGACAGCCAAGGCCUCUUUCCCGGGCGAAACAGCACCCUCCAAGGAGCUGCAGGCUUCGCAGAAGCGCACAGUCAAAGUAACACUGACUCCCCUCAAGAUGGAAGGGGAGAGCCAGCCCAGGAACGUCCCAAGAGAGAGCGAGGCGGAAGCUGAGGCUGUGGAGAACAAGCCAGCUUCUGGGCCUGAGUCGGGCAACGGUGUGGCGACCCAGGCAAGCCUGGGUUGUUCCUCUGCCCCAGAAGCUCCCCCAGGGGAAGGCUACACCGGCCUCCCCACUGUCCAGGAUGGCAGCAGCGGCGGAGGUAGCAGCAGCAGCAGCAGCCUGAUGCUCCAGGAGGGUGCAAAAGCCCAGGAGGACGGGGCCUACAAGCGGCGGUACCCUCGGCGCAGUGCCCGGGCCCGGUCCAACAUGUUCUUUGGGCUCACCCCCUUGUACGGGGUGAGGUCGUAUGGCGAGGAAGACCUUCCCUUCUACAGCAACUCCCCUGGCAAGAAACGGGGGAAGAGGUCGGCCGAGGGGCAAGUGGACGGCGCAGAUGAUCUGAGCACUUCGGACGAGGACGACCUCUACUACUAUAACUUCACCAGAACGGUGGUCUCGAGCGCCGAGGAACACCUUGCCCCUCACGGCUUGUUCCGUGAAGAGGAGCGCCUCAGCCUCCCCAAAGUCUCUCAGCUGGACGGUGUGGAUGACGGGACAGAGAGCGACACGAGCAUCACCGUGACCACCACCACCACCAUGAGGAAAGUCAGCUCGGGGACCAAAAGAAGCGGCAAAGAAAACGGGACGGAGAGCUUGAAGCUGGAUCGGAGCGAAGGUGGUGGAGAGAAAGCCCCGGCGAGCAAGACCUCGGCCGGCCAUAAAGCAGCGGAGGCGAAGAUGGAGAACUGCCGCGUCAAGGUCCCGGGCCAGGAUUCUUUGGAGGCUCAGCUGAGCUCCUUGGAGGCCCCCGGCCGCCGGCCUCGCACGAGCGCCGAGCCGUCGGACAAGAACCUUCUGGACACCUUCAGCACGGAGCUGCUCAAGUCCGACUCGGACAACAAUAACAGCGACGACUGCGGGAACAUCCUGCCUUCCGACAUCAUGGACUUUGUGCUCAAGAACACGCCUUCCAUGCAGGCCCUGGGGGAGAGCCCGGAGUCCUCCUCCUCGGAGCUCCUGACCCUGGGCGAAGGGCUGGGCCUGGACAGCAACCGGGGCAAGGACAUGGGCCUCUUCGAGGUCUUCUCUCAGCAGCUGCCGGCCACAGAAGCCGUUGACAGCAGCGUCUCAUCCUCUAUCUCGGCAGAGGAGCCCUUUGAACUGCCCUUGGAGCUCCCGUCUGAUCUCUCGGUCUUGACGACUCGGAGCCCCACGGUGCCCAGCCAGAAUCACGGGCGGCUGGCCGUCAUUUCCGAAUCCUCCCUCCCUUCCUCAGGGGAGAGAUCGAUGCUCGCGUUGCCUUCCACGGAGUCCGCAGAGAAGAGGGUGACCGUCACAGAAAAGCCUUCGUCCAACGAAGGAGAGCCUGCACUCUUAAGCCAGCAGGGGGACCCAAGCCCCGAUGGGCCUCUGACCCCAGACUCCUUUAUUCAAGGCCACAUGGAAGCGGAGCACAUAGCCAGCCCCACCUGCGGAGCUGGGGAGCCAGGCCAUGGGGCCAGCCAAGACUUGGCCCGGAACAGCGGAACACCUGGCCUCCAGGUCCCUGUUUCGCCCACCCUCCCGCUUCAGAAUCCCAAAUACGGACCGGCCGCCACCACCGACAACCCCGCCGGCCCCUCCCAGAUCUCCAACGCCGCUGUGCAGACGGCCCCUCUCCACCUCAAGGCCCCGGCAGCCGAGAAGCUUCUAGUAGUCAACCAGAACAUGCAGCCCUUGUAUGUCCUUCAGACACUCCCUAAUGGCGUCACACAGAAGAUUCAGCUGACCUCAGCUGUCGGCGCAGCCCAGGGGGUGAUGGAGGCGAGCGCUUCCCUGCUGGGGCCCAUGGGUUCGGCAGAGCUGGCCCUGGCAGCAGGCCUCAAUCCCAGCCUGUCCCCCCAGCCCCUCUUCCCACCACCCCCCAGCAAGGGGCUGCUGCCGAUGCCCCACCACCAGCCCCUGCACUCCUUUCCGGCCACUUCCCAGGGCGGCUUCCCCCCCACCCUCGGGAGCCCAGCCCCAGGCCUCCUGAUCGGGGUGCAGCAGCCCCCGGACCCCGAAGUGAGUCAGAGGGCUGACCUGGGGCCCCCAGCCCCCGGCCCCACCCCUCCUUCCGGGCUGAGCAAGAAGAGGCCGAUCGCCCGCCUGCAGGCGCGGAAGCCCAAGAAGCUGGCGCCCUCGGACGUGGCCCCAAACAUGGCGCCAAUCAGCUUCGGGCCGCCCCAGCUCCCCGGCCAUCCCGGCUUGCUCGACCUGGGUGCCGCCGGGAACUCCUCGUCCCAUCGGACCGUCCCCAACAUCAUCAAGCGGUCCAAGUCGGGGGUCAUGUACUUUGAGCAGGCCUCCCUUCUGCCCCAGGGGGCAGCGGUUGGGACCCCUCCCGGCGUGGCCGGGCCAGAGAGCAGCCACCUUCCCUCAGGGCCCGGGCUCUCCUCUGUGCUGAACGUGGUGUCCAUGCAGACGUCGGCAGCGGCGGCCGCCCCCCUGGCCACAGGCCCCUCCAUGGCUGGGGGGCACGGGCUAGGCCGGGGGGGCUCCGUGGCCCUGGCCAGCUCGGGGGGGCUGCCCGGGAGGCCUGACAUGGGGCCCCUUGGCAGCCUUCUGAUCAAAGCCACCUUGGAGCAGAGCCUGGGUCUCCCAGAGCAUCAGGCGGCCACCACGCCCUCGGGGGCUGGGAGGUUUCCACCCCUUGGCAAGACCUCAUUGGUCCAGCGCCCCUCGGCAAUGGUGGCAGCCUCAGGGGCCGGCGUCUUGCCUGCUCCGCAGACGCCGGGCGUGGCUGUGGAGUCAGAGAGCUCUUACCCGCUGGGGCCUCUGGCGCAGCACCUCGUCGGCAGCGAGGGUGGGGCUGGGCGUCCCCCCGUGGAAGGUCCCCCCAUGUCCUGCUUCCCCCAGUUGGUGGAUGUGGUGAACCCGGCCACUGUGGACCAGAUCAAGACUUCCUCCUCCUCCUCCCCCCGGCUGCCCCCCGGGAGCUCCCCCUCGACUGAGCUGGUCCCUGGAAACUCCAUGCGAACAAAGCCCAAAGGGAAACGGCUCCAGUCCUCAUUGGACAGCAAAGGCUCUGGGAAGAAGCACAAGGGCCCCCCCUUCCGGACGAGCUCCCCAGAGGCGCACGCAGCCCCACAGAGCCCAGCCGUGGCCACUCAGGAUGGCAGCAGGAGGUUUCCUGCCUCAAAGCCACGCACGGAGGCGGCUGCUAGCAUUGACCCUCCACCCCCAAAAGCAUCCGAGCAGCCCACGUCUCUCCUGGAAGCACAACAGGCACAGAAUGCGACCAGCCAGCAAGACCACAGAGUCCCUCCUGGUCUUUCUCUCCCCUUCCUCUCAGAAGCCUGGAAGUCCCUGACGGACAAGGUCCAGGAGGCUCGGUCCAACGCCCGCCUGAAGCAGCUCUCCUUCGCAGGGGUGAGCGGCCUGCGGAUGCUGGGCCUUCUCCAUGAGGCCGUGGUGUUCCUGAUUGAGCAGCUGUCGGGCGCAAGGCACUGCCACAACUACAAGUUCCGCUUCCACAAGCCGGAGGAGGCCCGAGAGCUCCCCGUGAAUCCCCACGGGUCGGCCCGGGCUGAAGUGCACUGCAGGAAGUCUGCCUUCGACAUGUUCAAUUUCCUGGCUUCGAAGCAUCGGCAGCCCCCAGAGUACAACCCCAACGACGAGGAGGAAGAGGAGGUGCAGCUGAAGUCUGCCCGGAGGGCCACCAGCAUGGACCUGCCCAUGCCCAUGCGGUUCCGGCACUUGAAGAAGACCUCCAAGGAGGCUGUCGGAGUCUACAGGUCUCCCAUCCACGGCCGGGGCCUGUUCUGCAAGAGGAACAUUGACGUGGGAGAGAUGGUCAUCGAGUAUGCAGGCAACGUGAUUCGCUCCAUCUUAACCGACAAGCGAGAGAAAUACUAUGACAGCAAGGGCAUCGGCUGCUACAUGUUCCGCAUCGAUGACUCGGAGGUGGUCGAUGCCACCAUGCACGGGAACGCGGCCCGCUUCAUCAACCACUCGUGUGAGCCCAACUGCUACUCCCGGGUCAUCAACAUCGACGGGCAGAAGCACAUCGUCAUUUUCGCCAUGCGCAAAAUCUACCGCGGCGAGGAGCUGACCUACGACUACAAGUUCCCCAUAGAAGACGCCAGCAACAAGCUUCCGUGCAACUGCGGGGCGAAGAAGUGCCGCCGCUUCCUCAACUGACCGAAGCAGGGCAGGGGGCGGCCUUGGCCACCUGGGCGGACGGUGCCUCCAGCCGGAGGCUUGGGCUGGGCCCCUUCACCGGGCCGGGUUCUUCGCUGACCUCUUGACUUUGAACAGGGUCUUGCCCAGAGAAGGGGUUGGUCCCCUGGAGGAGGAGGAGGAGGAGGAGGCGGCAAAGCCUAGUGGGCUCCGUUUAGCCCACCUGCUGCUGGCCAGUAGCCCUCGGGUGGUGUGGACUUGACACGACAGGCAGAGGCCUCCGGACUGGCCCUUUUUGCCUGGGAUGGGUCCGGGUCACGGGUGGCCGUUCCCCUGAAUGUGGAGCUCUCCGUGGUUGCGCCAUCGCUCAGGGUGAGCAGGCCAAGGGCCCCGAGCCAUGUGGGGAAGAGGAGGAGGAAGAGGAGCUGGCUGUUUCCCUGGCCCCAUGAUCCAGCCCCCCUUCCCCCCCCCCGGGCACAGAGCCUGCCAGCAAGCAGACACCCCUGCGUUGUUCCAGGGAAGCAGCUGCUGCACAAGAUGGAAGGAAGAAGGGGUGCCGGAGGGCUGGGGCGAUGGGGAGCGAGUGUUGGCCUUCUCCAGAAGCUGCCGUUAAAAGUGAAGAGUGCCCCCCCAUCCCCUCCAGGGUGACCUCCUUGGGAGGCGGGGGGGGGGCUUUUCCAAGCAGCACAACUUCCUUCCAGCCCCUUUCAGUUGAACCCUCUUGAAUUAUGUCAUUGGAUUUGCUUUGAUUCUGUUUACAAUUUUAGUAUUUAAGGUUUUGUAAAUGUAAGUAUAUUUUCUAUAU